AAGCAGACUCUGGUGCUAGCAGGGUUCGCGGUGCAAAUGGACCGUGCAGGCAAAGGGACAGUGACUCCGCUGGCCUCUCUCUUUCCGGUAGAGGAGGCUCAGAACGCUGCGAAGCGCGUGCAGGACGCGAUCGCUGAGAAGGAGAAGGAGCUUGACCGUCUUCGAGGGUUUAUGGCGGACAACAAUAACCUCAUCAACCUUGUUCAGAAGCUUCCCGAAGAGCUCCAUCACGAUAUAAUGGUCCCGUUUGGGAAAGCAGCAUUCUUCCCGGGGCGUUUGAUCCACACCAAUGAGUUUUUGGUUCUUUUAGGAGAAGGUUAUUAUGCGGAUGGAACGUCCAAACAAACCAUUGAGAUUUUGAGACGAAGAGGCAAGUCUUUGGAGUCCCAGGUUAAUUCUCUUGAGGCCAUUAUCAAGGACCAUAGAGCCGAGGCAUCAUUUUUCAGUGCCACAGCUUCUGAAGCGGCGGAGGGUCUUGUAGAGAUAAGGGAAGAUUACGUGGAGGAAAACUCAGUCAAACAGGAAUUUGAAUCUGGUCCACUGAAGCAAGAUGUUUCUGGUUUUGCUGGUGCUGAGAAAGAAACAACUUCAGCUGAUGAUGAGGAAUUUACUCGCAUGAUGUCCAGGUUGGACGAACUAGAGGAGCAAGAGCUUGCUGCUGAAAGGGGUAAUCACAGUGAUGAAAACGAGGGAACUAUGAGUGAUUUUGAUGAGGCCUCAUAUCAGGGACCUAUUGAUGACAAUCUCCCAAAUUCAGAAGACAUCCAACGAACGGUGGAUCUGAAGCAGACUAAUGAUGUAACAACUAAAUUUCCUGAAGAGCAUAAGUAUCAAGAUGAUAUAGCUGAUUAUUUUGGAAGCCUUGCAUUGCAAUCUCAAGUUGGAGAAUCUUCAGAGGGU